UCAAGCAUCCCUGAGUUUCAGACAGAAACUUCCUCUGAACACACAUAUUCAAAGGGCCAGCAAGAAAUGGGGACCUGGAUUUUGUUUGCCUGCCUCCUGGGAGCAGCCUUUGCUAUGCCCCUACCACCUCAUCCUGGGCACCCUGGUUAUAUCAACUUCAGCUAUGAGAACUCACACUUUCAGGCUAUCGAUAUUGACAGGACUGCAGCAUCAGUGCUCACUCCUCUGAAGUGGUACCAGAACAUGAUAAGGCAUCCGUACCCUUCCUAUGGUUACGAACCCAUGGGUGGAUGGCUGCACCACCAAAUCAUUCCCGUGCUGUCCCAGCAGAACCCCCCGAAUCACGCCCUGCAGCCUCAUCACCACAUCCCCAUGGUGCCAGCUCAGCAGCCCGUGGUCCCCCAGCAACCAAUGAUGCCAGUUCCUGGCCAACACUCCAUGACUCCAACCCAACACCACCAGCCAAACCUCCCUCUGCCUGCCCAGCAGCCCUUCCAGCCCCAGCCCGUCCAGCCGCAGCCUCACCAGCCCAUCCAGCCCCAGCCACCCGUGCACCCCAUCCAGCCCCUGCCGCCACAGCCACCUCUGCCUCCGAUGUUCCCCAUACAGCCCCUGCCCCCCAUGCUUCCUGACCUGCCUCUGGAAGCUUGGCCAGCAACAGACAAGACCAAGCGGGAAGAAGUGGAUUAAGAGGUCAGAAAAUGGGAAGAGAACUGAAGGAAACACUUCAGAUGCUUUCAGAAUGACACAAGAAAACGA